GGCAAACUAAAGUAAAGUUUAUCGGAAUUUGCUGGCCGAGCUAGCAAGAUUAUGGAACGUGGUGAAAGCAUUGCCUUCGAGCUCGAGGGGGCUCUCCUCGCCUCCGGAAGCCUCUUCCCUUACUUCAUGCUCGUCUGCCUGGAGGCCGGCGCCGGCGGACCCCUCCGCGCCGUUGUGCUGCUCCUCGCCGCCCCGCUGUUGCGCCUGCUGGAGCUCGCGGGGCUCGAGGCGGCCGCGGUCAGCGCGAUGAUCUUCCUCUCCACCGCCGGCCUCCGGGUGGACGACCUCAAGGCCGUCGCCAAGGCCACCCUGCCCAAGUUCUUCAUGGAGGACCUCCGGCGCGGCGCUCUCCGCGAGUUCCUCAACGAAGGCGGCGGCGGAGGCGGCGCCCUGAGGUACGUGGCCACCGCGCUGCCGAGAGCGAUGGCGGAGCCGUUCCUGAGGGAGUACCUGGACGCCGACGGCGUGCUCGGCACGGAGCUGAGGACGUGCAUGGGGUUCUACACCGGGCUGACAUCCGCCGCCGGCGUCAUGGACGGCGAAAGGAGGCUGGAGGCACUGCGUGUCGCCACCGCGGGGACGUCGGUGAUCACUGUCGGAGCGCGCCGGAAGCACCCGCACCAAUCGCCGUUGUCCUUUUAUGCGAAACAACCUUCGACUCCACCGGAGGAUCCGAAACAACCACGGCCGAGGAGCGAGUAUCCCAGGCCGUUGAUCUUCCACGAUGGCCGGCUCGUUCAGCGUCCCACGCCGUUGGAUUUCCUCACCGUCCUUGUAUGGCUGCCUUUCGGUAUUUUCCUAGCAGUCUUAAGGGUCCUGAUAGGUCUCCUCGCCCCUCGCCAGCUCACCAUCAUGGGGCUCGCCGCCACCGGCAUGCGCAUCGAAAUCCAGGGCCAUCAGGCCCACUUGGACGCUAACUCAACCAUGGUUAAGGGCUCCGGGUCCCACACUCUGUUCGUUUGCAACCACCGAACCCUCCUCGACCCCGUGCUGGUGUCGAUCGUCCUCCAACGGAAACUAACGGCCUUGACGUACAGCUUGAGCAGACUGUCGGAGGUGAUCUCUCCGAUCCCGACCGUUCGGUUGGCACGGGACAGGCUCCAAGACGGCGUGAAGAUGCGGUCGCUGGUCGAGCAGGGCGACGUGAUCGUGUGCCCGGAAGGCACCACCUGCCGGGAGCCGUACCUGCUGCGGUUCAGCCCGCUGUUCGCGAAGAUCGUCAGCGACGUCGUCCCGGUCGCCGUAACCAACGGAGGGAGCAUGUUCUACGGCACGACCGUCAGGGGGCACAAGUGCUUCGACUGCUUCUUCUUCCUCAUGAACCCUCGGCCUUUCUACGGACUGAGAUUCUUGGAGAAGGUAGUGCAGCCGCACGGCCGGCAGCGGUCGGAGUACGACGUCGCCAACGAGGUCCAGCGCUCGAUCGGCCAGUCCAUCGGAUUCGAGUGCACCAACUUGACGAGAAAGGACAAGUACAGAAUUCUCGCCGGCAACGACGGCUUAGACCCAAGAAUGUGAUUGUCCUGAGUGAAAACAUGAAAUAAAAUAUAUGUUUAAGGAGCUUCUUGUUGUUAUCAUGAUGUUGAUUCCAUGAUUAGCAGGACAAUAACACUAGAAAAUGAAGAUUAAAGCGAUCAAUCUUUCCAAAAGACUGUUUUCCCAUUGCCGCAUGUACAGCUUUAUAAACAGGGUAAGAGAAUGAACACAGUGAUUAUAAACAGGGCAAACACAUUCUGGCUAUCACUAUUAAGUACAGGUUGA